GUGGUGGGUGUAUCGGCGUAUUCGGAUCUGUACUUUGCAUUGGUGCGACUGUUGCAAACCAUGGAGCCGCUGCUUUAUGAGAGACCCUACUUAAGGAAGCACUACAACAACUACCACGACGACUUCUUCCCAACCAUGCUGCGUUUGGUUAAGAUCAAAUGUACCCAGGCCGAUAAGUGGGUGGACAACGCGCUACAGCAGGACCCAAACUUGGAGUUCAUUUCUGAAGGUAUGGUAGAUUGUUGGUAUAUAUGCACAUAUACAUGUGCAUGCAAUUAG